AUGGGCUCGACGUUUACCUUUGGUUUUGGAGGCGACGAUGUGGAAGAUAUCGACAGCGUACCGGACACAGAGCAUGGCAUACCAACUGCCAAAGGGCAAGGGGACGAAGAAAACAAGAGCGGGCUGAUAUUCAACAAAGCAGAGGAGCUUCUUCUUGACGAUAUGCUUGCCUCCCUUCCGUCUCAGAUGGAAUUCGAUACCCAGCUCAUCCGGCCGAAUGACGUGGAGCCGUUUUUAAUUGGCCGUCGACAGUUGACAGAUAUUCGUGUCCAGCUGAUGGCUGAACAUGAUAUGCUGAAUGAGAGUGAAGGCCUACUCUUCGGCCUACAGAAGGACGAUAUCAUGCCCGCUGUGUAUGAAGGAGGGUUUAAAACAUGGGAGUGUGCCAUGGAUUUGGCAGGCAUCGUGACUCAGGGUAGCGUGAAGUUUGCAUCUCCAGAUGGAGAAGACGAUAUUAAUAUAAUAGAGCUCGGAGCCGGCACCGGAGUACCUUCUCUAUCAUUAUUCCGGUCAUUCUUAAGUCAAUCUAAAUCCGAGGCUACCAAGCGUCGGAAAGUACGUUUUGUACUUGCUGACUAUAAUGCUGCCGUCUUAAAGUUGGCCACCCUGCCGAAUAUCUUACUCACCUGGUUUAUAACCUCCCGGCGCCUGCGGGAAGGAAACCCUACCCAGGCUGAUCCGACUGUUGAUCAUUUGAUGGAACUAGAUCAAGCCCUUCUAGAAGACUUCCGUCGGGACCUGUCGGACCGUGGGAUUACACUUUCCUUCAUAUCUGGGGGGUGGUCCCCGGAAUUUGUCGACUUGUGCCUGGGCAAGCUACAGAACGUGAGUGAUGGGGCAACCACAGGCCAACGGCCGGCCGCAUUAGAACGGAGAACCGUUAUCCUGGCCAGUGAAACUAUAUAUUCCCCGUCCUCGUUACUUUCAUUUACAGAGACGCUGGUGUCGUUGCUCCGGAGAGCGGUAUCGAACGGGGCAGCAAGGCAUGAGAAGGAUAAACCCCCAGUCCAGGCACUUAUCUCAGCUAAGAAAGUGUACUUUGGGGUUGGAGGAGGGGUUAGUGAGUUUUUGAAGACUCUCGGAGAUGUCCUCCGAGGCAGUGACGAGUUCAGAGCGCUCACCAAGUCGGUGAUCUCUGACGCUGGAGUUGGGAGAAUCAUUCUGGAGGUACUCCCGAAAGAGUUUGUCGACGGUUAG